CCAAAAAUUAAAAAAAAAAGUGCUUAACAAACAAAAUGGCCGAAAGAAAGCUAUGAAGCUUCUAUUCUUUGUAAACUUAUUUGAAUAAUUCUUUUGAAAAAUAACAAAAUGGGCGAAAUAGAUAUUAAUAUAGAGGGUUACAAUGUGAACGGCAUAUGUGUCGGUUGUUUAAAUUACAAUCGCAAGAUGUUUUACAGCGAAGAAAUAAAAAUUUGUUUCAAGAUUAUCGCCAAUAUUGAUGUUCCUGAUGGCCUCUCAAUCCAGGUGUGCUGGGAAUGCCUGGCUGCUGUCAAAGCAGUGGGUCGCUUUCAAGCUCAAAUCUUGAAGUCAUAUGAUGUCCUCAUUGAAUACUCAAAACAGCAUACAUUCCUCAAUUCGCCAGUAGACAUCACAGCAUUUGCGACCACUCAACUUACUGUGGGUGUAUUGGAUAACAUAUCUAUAGAACAAAGUAGUACUUCAGAGCCAGAUAAUGAUUUCAACAUGGACGUAGACCUAAAGUUGGAGGAUAAAGCAUUCCAAGAUGAUCCAGAUUUUAUACUAAAGGAAGAAGAAUACAUAGAAGAAUCACACUUCUCAGACAACUUAUCUCAAGAACAAGAUGGAACUUCCGACGAUGACGUGCAACUGUCGCAAUUGAAAACUGAGAAGACUAGGAAGAAGGAGAAAAGAGAAAAGAAAGGGAGAAAAAUGAAGAGUAAAAAAGAACCGGUCACUCUGUCUAAGAUCAGCAAACGAAGCAAAUAUAAAGAAGGAUACAUGGAAAAAGCAUUAGAUUCCGUCAAAAAAUUACGCUAUUCUUAUUAUAAGCAGCAAAGAGAUACAAAAAAACUAAGGGCUCUUGGUCAAACCAGGUGUGAAGCACUACAAGUGUUUUCUAACGAAGAAGAAAAAAUUGUAGUCGAUUGGAUUACAGAGCAGAGGAAACGUGGGUUCCCAAGAAAGAAAGACGAUGUUAAGUCUUUCAUUGUUCAGUUACUCAACGAUCUACCAAGACCGAAUCCGUUUCCAGAAAACAUACCUGGAGAUGAUUGGAUAGAAGAUUUUGAAAAACGACACCCAAUUCUAACACAAAUACCUAAAUCACAGGACGCAGAGGCUGAGGUUAAACAGUGGUUCGAAAACGUAAACUCAUACAUAAAUACAAAUAAUUUAAAGAAGGUUAUACGUGAUCCCAAACGCUUAUUUAUAAUUGAUGAGACUAAUUUUAAUAUAUCACCUAAAAUAUCACUUUGUAAUUACGAUAAAAGUCUAGAUGCUACAACUGCUUUGGUAGAAAACUUCACAGUUAUGUUCACGUUCUCAGCAAAUGGCUUUUGUUGUAAUCCAUAUCUUGUUUAUCCGUUUAAAAAUAUUACACGGAAGUUAACAAACUGGAUGCCAGUACAAUGGAUUAGUAAUAAUAGUGAUAAUGGUUUAAUAACGGCCACAUGUUUUCUAGAAUAUCUUUCUGAAUUGUAUGCGCAAUUAAAGAGAGUUGCAAUAACCUUUCCUAUAAUACUAUUUGUAGAUGGCAGAGUGCCUCUAAACAUUGAUAUUACGAAUUUAUGCAAGAAGUUUGAUAUACAUUUAGUAGCUUUUUAUCCAUAUGCUGAUAAAAUAAUUAAUAUUGAUGAAGCUACUUACAGACCAAUAAUUAAGGCGUGGAUGGAAAUGUCAAAACUUAAAGUCAGUGACUAUAAUUUUGCACCGCAAAUGCAUAAAUCAUUAUUAAAAUCUUUGGAUAAAGCAACACUUAUUGAACGAUUUAAAGUAUUAGGGCUAUUCCCUUUUAGACAUAGUAAAAUAAAUUAUAAAUGUUUAAAAACAAUAGUAAGAGAUGAGGAGAUACAUGAAGAAAAUGACAGUGAAAGAAGUAUAGUAAUCGAUGAAAUAUACUUGGGUACCGGGGGUGUAACUGUCGAAGAAUUACCCAGUAAUACUGCUGUUAGUAAAACGGGCAUAACAAAUAAUAAAGAAUAUGUGUUAUUACGCAAUCCUAUGAGUGAUAGUGAAAAUAAUUUAGGAAAUGGGAAAUCACUUUUAUAUAUAACUGCAAAUAAUGGACAAGUUCCGGAAACAGCGUUUGAUAAAAACACGAAUAUGGAGCACUCUUUAAAUGAUACACAAUCUAUUUUACGUACAACAUUGAAAAAUAUUCAAAUUUGUAAAACAGGAAUGCGAAUUGUAACACCAUUGAAACCCUUAGAUGAAAAAGAAGAUGUAUUGAAGAAACUUGUUGUUGAAGAAGCUAAUUUAAAAAAUGUAGAUUUUAAUAUACCUUCUACGUCAACAGCUAUUUUAAUAAGUAAUACAAAUAAUAAUAUGACAGAAAAGAAAUCAUUACAAGUUAAAAGUCCAAGUAAAUUCACGAGACAAAUAAACAAUAAUGAUUUUGAUAACAUAGAAUAUUUAGAAGAUGAAGAAUUCGAUAUAGUUUCCUCAGUUAGUAGUAAUGAAAACAUUUGUGUAGUAUGCGAAGAACACUCGGAAGCUGAUAUACUAAAUUGUGUAAAUUGCAAAGGAAAAUAUCAUAGAGACUGCGUGCCAGGACAUCAUCAAAUGCAUAUACCUGAUAGUCAAGACGGAACAUUUUUAUGUCAUAAUUGUUCUGACGUGAAUUCUGAUUCCUCAGAAUCGGGUGUUUAUUUAAUAGUUAAUUGAAAAUAUAUUAUGGAAAGUUCUGAGAAUUUCCUGAAAAAUGCAUCUAUUGAAUUCCAUCAUCCCACAUUCCGCCAGAAUGCAAAAGAGGCAGGAUAGAGUAGGAUGCUCAUCCAGACCAAUGCAAAAAUUAUCAUUU